GCUCAGAGCGGAGGGAUGAGGGAAGCCGGGGGCCGCCGCCGCCUCCUCCCCAGCGUGUCAUUCUGUGCCGAGCACACCCGGAGGAAUGCCCUGGCGCUUCAAGCUCAGAUGAAGAAGGCCAGCACCGGGCCGGUCAGCGAGACUCUUCUUUGCCAGCUGAGCUCUUAUGCCAAGACGGAGCUGGGCCCCCAAGCGGCGGAGACUAGCCGCAGUGAAGCCAGUCGAAUCCUGGAUGAGGACAGCUGGAGUGAUGGCGAACAAGAUCCUGUCACUGUGGACCAGACAUGGCGAGGUGACCCUGAUAGCGAAGCUGACAGCAUCGACAGUGAUCAAGAGGACCCUCUGAAGCAUGCUGGGGUGUACACAGCGGAAGAAGUGGCCUUGAUAAUGCGGGAGAAGCUGAUCCGCCUGCAGUCCCUGUACAUUGACCAGUUCAAGAGACUCCAGCAUCUUCUGAAAGAGAAGAAACGUCGCUACUUGCACAGUCGCAAAGUAGAGCAUGAAGCCAUAGGUAGCAGCCUCCUGACAGGCCCAGAGGGUUUGAUGGCCAAGGAACGUGAGACCCUGAAGCGACUGAAAUGUCUCCGCCGCUACCGCCAGCGCUACGGUGUGGAGGCCCUGCUUCACCGCCAGCUGAAGGAGCGCCGGAUGUUGGCAACCGACGGGGCUGCCCAGCAGGCGCACACCACCCGCUCCAGCCAGAGGUGUUUGGCCUUUGUGGACGACAUUCGAUGCUCCAACCAGUCUCUCCCCAUGACCCGGCACUGCCUUACUCACAUUUGCCAGGACACCAGUCAGACUCUGUUUAAGCCAUGCCAAGGGUCAGAGGAAGUGCCCUGUAACAAACCAGUCGCUGUGAGCCUCUCCGAAGAUCCUUGCUGCCCUCUCCAUCUCCGACUGCCGCUUCAGAUGUACGUCCCCGAGCAGGUGCUGUCUGUCCCUGAGGAGCUGGAAGCUGCCCCCACGGAUCUGUACUUGAGUGCUGCUGAGCUCCAGCCCACGGAGAGCUUACCCCUGGAGUUCAGUGACGAUCUGGAUGUGGUGGGUGAUGGCAUGCAGUGUCCCCCAUCCCCUCUGCUCUUUGACCCCUCUGGAGCCCUUGAAGAUCGCGCUGUCAAAGGUGUGGUCAAGGCCCCGCUAGAUGUACUGGCCCAUGAAAAGUCACUGCAGCCAGGCGGCUCGGCCCAGCUGACACAAACAGACAGAGGAAGCUCUUUUGGCCAAGUCUCCUCGCCAGCUGUGGAGUCUCCUGCAGAACCACCAUCGCAGGCUCAGCUGCAGGCAGCGGGGGGCAGGCCUGGCCCCGAGGAAGACAGGAAGCCGGAAGAUGCUGCCCCUUCUCGGCCACGUGGAACGCCGGCAGCCUCCAAUGGGAACCCAGACCCUACGUCCAUCAGCUGAGGCUGGCUCAGAGAGCAUGCUGCCUCACUCGAGCCCUUGUCCUGGGUCAGCCCAGGCUGCCCUUCGGGACCGUGCACUGGCCACCAAGCGUGAUAUUCUUGCGCUGGGCCAAGCUGCUGGCUCCGCUCCCCUUCUCUGCCCCAAAGCCAUUUCCAAAUUGGUUGAACCAGGAGAUGCCCAGCGCUUGGCCACAAGCCCUGGGGCUAGUCUCUGCCCCCUCCCACCUCUCACCUGGUUCUGGUGGCCUUUGGAUUUCGGGUGAGCUUGCCAGUGCGGCAGUCAGCUCAUUAGCCAGGAUCAAACCAAAGGGAGACCUUGGGUUCCCUGGCAGGGGAUCCACACAGCUGACCCCAGAAGGGACCAGGCUGAUGAAGCUGUGGCUUUUCCAUGGAGCAGUGAGAUGAGCCACAUCUCCCCCAGUUGGUGUCUGUCACCCAGGGCACUGACAUGGGGGGGGGGGGGGUCUCCCCUUUGCUGCCCUUUCCCUGGCACUUUGCCCCAAAGCAGACUCCUGCUAGAGCUUUAACCUGUGCCGGUGCCCCUGGCACUGUCCUGAUGAGUUUAGAUUUGUGGUAGAGCCAGAGGAAGCUCUGCCCCCUGUAACCCAGACAAUAAAGCAGUUGAAGACA